AUCAGAGGGCAAGUACAUGUUUCUCCAACAUAGUGAAUGGCCGCUGUGCACAGGAGCUUCCUGGUAGGUUCACCAAAAGGCAGUGCUGCUGUGAGUCUGGCCGGUGCUGGACCAUCAGGUCUGUUCCAGAGAUGUGUCCUGUCAGAGGGUCAGAUGAACACCGCAGACUUUGUGUGGAUGGUGCUUUUGCUGGAGGUGGUUCCAGAGGUGGUGGGACAGGAGGAAACGGGUUCCUUCUGCGUGGCAAUGGCUAUGGCCCAGGAGGAGCAGGAUUCAUUCCCAUCCCUGGAAGCAAUGGUUUCUCCCCAGGUGUAGGCAGAGCAGGGGUAGGGACAGAUGAUCAAAGUCCCACUGGACCAAUAAUUACAGGUCUAACAAUACUGAAUCAGACAAUAGACAUCUGUAAGCACCACCCUAACCUUUGUUUAAAUGGACGUUGUAUACCAACCCUUUCUAGUUACCGAUGUGAGUGCAAUAUGGGAUAUAAACAGGAUGCAAAUGGAGAUUGUAUUGAUAUUGAUGAAUGCACAUCAAACCCAUGCUCUAAUGGAGACUGUGUCAACACACCUGGUUCCUAUUACUGCAAGUGCCAUAUCGGUUUCCAGAGGACUCCUACUAAGCAAGCUUGCAUUGAUAUAGAUGAAUGCAUUCAGAAUGGUGUUCUUUGUAAAAAUGGCCGGUGUGUAAACACCGAUGGAAGUUUCCAGUGUAUUUGCAAUGCUGGGUUUGAACUGACUACAGAUGGAAAAAAUUGUGUGGACCAUGAUGAGUGUACUACUACAAACAUGUGUUUAAAUGGGAUGUGCAUAAAUGAAGAUGGGAGUUUUAAAUGCAUCUGCAAACCAGGAUUUGUUCUGGCUCCAAGUGGGCGUUACUGUACUGAUAUUGAUGAAUGUCAGACAUCAGGAAUUUGCAUGAAUGGUCAUUGCAUAAAUACUGAAGGAUCCUUUCGGUGUGAGUGUCCACCUGGCUUGGCUGUUGGAGUUGAUGGUCGUGUAUGUGUAG